UGCUGAAGACCGGCUUGAGGCUACCCACAAAUAAUUUUCGCAUUGGGAUAAUAGGGCUGCCCCUCGGGCCGGCUGUGGAAGGUCUCUACUACAGAUCCAUGGGCUGGGGACGCGUCCUGAAGGGCGGCGCUAUGGCCUCUAGCAUCCUCUUUAUCGAUGUGAUGCUGCAGGAUUUCGCCACAUGCAAGCGACUGAUUGGCCCAUUCACACCGGACAUGCUAUGCGUUGGCAAUCUGCACGUUCGCAAUCUGGACGAGCAUCCCUGUUUGGGUGAUGCGGGCGAUCCGCUCAUGCUGAACGACACGGUAUAUGGCGUAGCUACCUAUGGCCUAGGCUGCGGUAAUGAUAAAUAUCCCUCCGUGUAUACGAAUGUCUGGUAUCACAUGGAUUGGAUCAGGGCGAUUAUGUCACGUGGCAGUAGUCAAAAAAUCCAAUAUCAUCUGAUCCGUGUUUGGCUCUUACUUUUGCUUUAUAUGUGCGGGUAAUUGUUUA